AUGCCCGAUUCAGACUACUCAUUUGAUGGUGAAGAUGGCUCCGAGGAAGAAUAUGUAGGCUCGAGGGCCGAGCCAUCAAAGACCGCAUCAAACACACGCGCCCAAGGAACGAGUAAAAGGCAGACAAAAGAUGACCGGCCACCACCAAAACGGCAUGCGUGGGAGACGGAGGACUCGCGGACAGUAGCCAAGACCGUGAUACUCGCGGAUGAUGGCUCCUUGGGUAAAAGUGUGCAGGAGAAGGAGGAGGAGCGGAAGCGCAAAAGGUUACGGAAGGAUACAAAGCCAUUCCAACGAGGCAUAAUACGACAUGUUGUGCUAGUAUUGGAUCUGUCUGAGGCGAUGAUGGAGAAGGACAUGCGACCGAACCGCUACAUCACGAUGAUCAACUACGCCCAGGAUUACGUUCGCGAAUUCUUCGAGCAGAAUCCGAUUUCCCAAAUGAGCGUGUUGGGCAUGCACGAUGAAUUCGUUGGAGCUGGCCAGAGCGACGCUAUACCACACACCAAGUCAUGGGACAAGAGAGGUCAUCGUGGUCUUUGGAUCGCUGUUGUCCAUGGACCCAGGAGACAUACACCAGACGGUAAAAGCCUGCGUGCGCGACCGGGAGACGAGGGCGAGUAUACCAUUGCUACGGAUCAAGAAAUGCUUAAGGAGCUGCUGAUCGCAACCACCACACCGCCAGUCAUUCGACAAACAGCGACAACGACGGAUGCGCCCCCACCCGAAUCAGCUGCUGCCCUUAUGAUGAUGGGCUUUCCCUCACGCGUGGUAGAAGACAAGCCUACUAUGUGUGCCUGCCACGGCAAUCUCACAAUGGGAGGCUAUACAUGCUCGCGAUGCAGCGCAAAAGUCUGUAGCUUACCCAUCACCUGCCCAAGCUGCCAGCUCACACUUCUCCUCUCCACCCAUCUCGCACGAAGUUACCACCACCUCUUUCCUCUGCGCAAUUGGGCCACAGUAAGCUGGUCGCGCGCACGUGAGAAGGGCAGCAAAGAGUGCGUGAGCUGUCUGUCCUCCUUCUCCAAACCACCCGCCUCAGACACGGAGCGCACGCAGACCGAGCAGAACCUAGAGACGAAUGGGCACAAAAGAGACGCAGACGACAGUGAAGAGCAAAAAGCCAGCGAGUCAGGCAGAUACGAAUGCAGAGCAUGCGAAAGCCACUUCUGCAUCGACUGCGACAUGUUCGCGCACAUGGUGCUGCACAAUUGCCCGGGCUGUCUGAGUCAAUUGGACCCCAGCGCGAUUGCGCAGUUCCAAUUCCGCCCCCUCUCAUCAACCACAAGAAUGUCCUUCGACCGGCUCAUCCGCUUCACGACGCCCUCGGGCGCGGAGCGCUACGGCAAUCUUGCGCAAGAAACUCCGACGCGCGAGAUUGAGGGCAAGGAAGUCGAGGUGCUGGAGGGUAGUGUGAAGAGCGGGUUUAGGAAGAGUGGGGGCAAGGAGAUUGUGGGGAAGCUUUUGAGUCCGCUGAGGAGGGAGGAUGUUAAUGUUAUUUUGUGCGUGGGGCUGAAUUAUAGGAGACAUGCGGAGGAGUGUAAUCUCCAAAUACCAGAGAACCCCGCGAUUUUCAUGAAGCCCAGCGAUGCUCUAGCGGGACCUCUGGAAGACGUACCAAUCCACAAGGACUGCCAAUCUAUGCUGGACUAUGAAGGCGAACUCACUAUCGUUAUUGGCAAAGAUUGUAAGAACGUAUCAGCAGCGAACUUCCAAGACUACGUUCUCGGAUACACAGUCGGCAACGACGUGUCAGCUCGCAACUACCAGCUCCCAGCAAACGUGUCCGGCGGCCAAUUCGGAUAUGCCAAAUCGUUCGACAAAUUCUGCCCCAUUGGCCCAUGCAUCGCAAGCACGAAGGUCAUCCCAGACCCGCAGAAACUGACAUACUGGACCAAGGUCAACGGUGAGAAGAGACAAGAGACUGGUACCGACGACAUGAUUUACACAAUUGGUCAGGUCAUUGAGCACCUUUCAAGAGGAACGACAUUGAGGGCUGGUACUGCGAUUUUGACUGGAACUCCAAGUGGUGUCGGACUGUUUAUGGAGCCGAAAAACUUCUUAAAGGAUGGUGAUGAAGUUGAAAUUUAUGUCGAUGGAAUUGGCAGCAUUAUCAACAAGAUGAAGUUUGAGAAGAGUAGCGUUUUGUAGAAACGGAAAACAAAUUUACAUCUUACGCAGCAAUUAGGUUUAGGACU